AUGCAAAUGUUCAAAGCAAACUUGGCGUCCAGCGAGUGGAUGACCAUAUUGGGGGGAUUCAUAGGAUCACAGUUCUUCGUCUUCCUCCUAACUGUAUCCUCUACUAUCUAUGAAAUAUCAUAUGUGAGCUCUAGGAUAUUCAUCUAAGGCUUGGCUGGAAAGAUUUCAUUUUCGUGAUUCUUUGACAUUAUAUACGUUGAAAGCAUCCAGAUUCACCAAGAACAAAGACUUCCAUUGAUUUGAGUGUAGUAAACCUUUACAAGGUUUUUUUUUUGAACGCUUGAAAUGUCUCUUGAUGGUACUUAUCAGAGACUCGUAUGAAAAAAGUAGUAAUCAAAGACGUUAUCUGAUGGGGAUUAUAUAUCUGGGUCAAGUUUUGUAAUUUUUUCGUGAUUAGAUUAUUGUUAGAAGCCAGUGAAAUAAGCAUCUUGUUUAUGAAACUAAUUUAUUUGAAGUGAUUUUCUAGUGGUGUGAGUCUUAACAUCCGAGUUGCGUAUUCCUUGACAUUUAAUUCACCAGGCAGUAGGAAAUUUGGAAACAACCAUGUUUGGUCGAAAUUUUCAAACAAAAUUGUUCCCAGAAGGUACAUAUUUUGAAUUUUGUUGACGAGGAUCCAAUUGUUGUUUGUAUUGGUUUAAAGAAAUGAGACAUUUCUUGAACCACUAAUUAUUUACUGUCUCUGAACACAACUCAAAAAGAAGCUAGCACAACAUGAUCUGACAGCCAGUGGCUUUCCACCAGCUUCUGAUAACAGCCCUGCUUUGGCUCUUGUGAGUAAUUAUCACUAUAGAUGCAGCCUUGCAGUAACCAUACUAACCACUAGAAAACAUCAAAGUGUGGGCUCCAGGUAGUGACAAUCUUCGCCUUCCACCAAAGUAGUUCAGACCUGGUAUCUUAAACUUAGACUUAUGUGGUCUUUUUAGUUUUCUUUCUUUUUAUUGGAUCCUCUAUUUUGCUCCCUUUAUAAAAUUAACACACUAAUGGCUGGUACAACUUGGAAACAAAGGACAAUGAACAGUAUUAAGGAUGUGCUAGUGUCCAAUCCAGUUUUUUAUCAUCCAAUUUCUUAUUUACCUAUCAUCAACUGAGUAUCCAUGCAUGUCUUUUUAAUAUAUUGCAUUUAUUUCAUUUUCUUCAAGUUAUACUUUGUCUGGUAGUUGCAAUGUUUGCCUCUGGCCUAGUCCACAGAGUUUGUGUAACAACCUGGUAAGUUGAUGACAAUUUUUUUAACCAUUCUAACAGUGUUGUUGGUUGUACAUUUAUUUACUUUUGUUGUUGUAUUAAGCCACAAGUUGUUAUCAUAAGGCAAUGAUAACCCAGUCUGGGAUCAAAUUUACACCCCUUAAUUCAGAGUUCACAGCACUAGCCUUGGCCACUUAAUCCAUCAUAUUGUUCAUAUUAAAAUCUGAAGAACCCAAAACUAAAUUCAAACUAUAUUGAACCAUUCAAUACUCUUUUUUUUACCCUUCAGCUUUCUGUUUUCAAUGGUAGCCAUAUACUACAUUAACAAGAUUGCUGCUUCCACACAUGCCCCAACAUCAAACCCUGUCCCUCCACAACAGCUAAAGACCAAGAAGAAUCGCUGAAUUUUAGCUUGCCACUGAAUGUUAGUUUGAUUAUUUACAAAGAUUAGAACCAAGCAAAAUAAAGUUCAGUUACUUUUUCUGAAUUUGGCUGCUUUAUUUGAAUACUUAUGCCUUAAAUUAAAAUAAUAAUUAAAUGAAUUCUGAAUGAAGGACACUUAUCAUUACAAGCAACUCUAGAAACAAAGGUACAAUAUUCCACUAUUGUUUUACAUAAACCUUGCCAAC